AUGGGCAUUGAGAAUUUCGGAAGACUGUCGUAAUUCUUGCAAGCUCAAGAGGAAUAGUUGAAUCUUCAUAGGGCAAGGAAUUCUCAGAAGUAUGAAUUCGAUUUUGAGGACGAAAAACCAAUACCAACUCCUCAUCCAUCAUACAAUUAUACUCCAAUUAACAACUCUAAAGUCCCUAGUUAUUAUCAUGCUGCAAUCGCCAAGCUAGAUGACAAACCAUAGGCUGAAAUAAUCUUGGAACAAAUACUUGAGAAGAAAAAGUAAUUAAAGAGCGAUCUAGAAAUUCUAGAAGCCAGAUUUUCUUUCUCGACUUAAGCUUCGACAUUUGUUUCAGGAGACAGAAUGAGCACUAUACAAAAUUUCAUUGAUUCGGUGAGCGAGAGAAAUAAAACCUCGAUCAUAAACAUGACUGACAGAGGGGAGGAUCAGGAUCAUUCUUAUCUAAUGACUCGAACUAUCACAGAGAAUUAUGAUUCAAGCAAUUAAUAGAUAACAGAAACUGUGACUACUACCAGUAUGAUUGAAGAACAGAUAGAACAUAAAAUACCGAGUAUAUCUAAAGAAUCGAUUGUCAGGCAUUUCAAAUAAAAAAUCGCAUAAUCAUAGAAAACAACUCCCUUGAAGAAUCCUGUCUUACCUUCACUAUCUAAAGAGCCUCUUCAACUCAAAGCUUUCACCAACUUAAAUGUUAAAGCCAUCCCUAAUGUUCUAAUUGAUGGCUAUCAUAAAAAGGUAGAUCAAGAGGAAAAAAAAUAAAAAUAAAAUUCCCCGAAAGUAUCAAGUUUUUUCGCUGAAUCUAAUUCUCCUAUGCAAAAGCUUAACCUAAAUGAGGAAUCAAAGUCACCAAGCUCUUCAUAAAAAACUCCUUAUUAGACUCGCAAAAUUAAAAGUAAUGAGCGUAUCAAGUUUGAUCUAGGAAUGAGCGCUACCGCCUAAAAUAGCCCAGCGAGAAAAUAAUUGUUCACCUAUAACUCUAAAAACGUGAACAAUUUCAUCAAUAAUAGUGCCAGUAAGUCUCCUUAGUACGCUUAGGAUGGCUCAUUGAGUCAUUCUAACAAGAAGAACUUACCAAGUGUCAAAGAGACCAGUAGCAUUCAUUAGACAUCAGCCCAUACAACCAAGAAUAAAUCAGAUGAAAAGCGAACCUAGAUUACAAAUAAAAUAGGUUACAAGAAAAUGCUGGCCGGAGACACCACAAGAAACUUUCAAUAGCUUAAAUCAGUAAUGAGUCAUCACUCAUUCACUCUCAAGAAAUUCAACUAAUCUUCUGGCUCUGUUUAAUAGGUCAAGAGUUUCUAGACCUAGAAUAUGAAGCUUAGCCCCUCUAUUGAAUAGAAAACAGCCCCAAAAAGGAAGUAAAAUGAAGAAUCCAGUUUUAGCAAUAAUGAUUAUUUCUAAUUUGGUAACUCUACAAAUGGCUGCUUAAUUGGAAAAGAUUAACAAAAUGAGGAUGACAGUAUAAUUGACUCACCAACAAAUGGCUUAAUCUCCAAUAUUAAACAGAUCCAGAUAAACUAUCGCAAGCAGUCAGAUCAAGAGCCUGAGUCGCAGAAGCUUCUUCCCAACACAACUCAUAUAGCUGUGACCAAUACAAAUGCUAGAAGAGCAAAAGAUUCUCUAAAAUCAAGAAAUUUCAUGAAAGAGAAUCUCACAUCCAAGCCAAUGGAUAAAAAGAGUUAGUCUAACUCACUAGUACAGCUGUACAACAUGUAAAAAAGUGUAGAAAACUUAUGA